UGCGCUCGGAGAGCAGCGCUCGCCCGCCCGCUGCAGACGGACGUCGAGGCGGCGAUGAGGCUCCCGCUGGCUUUCGCCGUGCUCCUCCUGGCCUCGUCACAGGCAUUGGGCGAGGAGAUGGGAGCCAGCGACGACCUCAGCUACUGGUCCGACUGGUCCGACGGUGAGCAGGCGAAGGAGGAGCUGCCGCUGCCCCUGGAGCACUUUCUGCAGAGGAUGGCCCGGAGACCCCGGCCCCAGCAGUUCUUCGGCCUCAUGGGCAAGCGGGAUGCCGGAUAUGGCCAGAUCUCUCACAAAAGGCAUAAAACAGACUCCUUUGUUGGACUUAUGGGCAAAAGAUCUUUAAAUUCUGGGUCCUCUGAAGGGAGCAUAGCACAGAAUUACGAACGGAGGCGUAAAUGAGACGUUCCCAUGCGUUAUUUAUUAAACUUCAUUUGUUCUAAUGGCCAAUGCAGUGUAAUAUAAACUAACCACUGUAUGAAAUAAUUAUUUAUUUAAUAACUGAAGGGGUUUGGUUUUUUUGAGUUGUACAUUCAAUAAAAGCAUUAUUUUUCAUAUUGUGGCAGUGACACGUGUUGUGUAGGUGUGCUGUGGUUCUGAAAGGACCAGCAACCCUAGUGAUGUCUCACAACAAAGCACAUGUUUGAAAUGACCUGUAGAGUCAUGUUUACUAAACAAGCAAGUAUUCUUUUGUUCAUUGAAAGCGAGUCUAUCGGCUUCACAGCUAGAGCAGAACAGAACUGAUGUUCAGUCUAGUGCCUCAAUUUGUUUUCAUGGUUUAUUAUGCACUGUAAUUUCUGUAUGAAAAAAUAUAUUUGUAUCAUUGCAGCAUGUUUUAUGUUCUGUGAUUAUGCAUCAAUAUAUUUUAAAAAGGGGGAUGGGUAAUGUUUGAAUGGGAAUCCAAGGUCUUCAUUUCAUAGUUUGAAAUUUUAUGAUAGUAACAUUUUAAAUAAAAACUACUCUGGGGCUUUUGCAACAUA